GAAAUGAGAUGGACAAAGUAAUGGCAUUUUUAUAUAAAAAAAAACCCUAAACACAAAAACUGAGCUGAAAGCUGAUAGCCGGGAUUUUCCUCCCCCUCUACCGGCGUUGGUGGUGGCGAUAGCUUCCCCUGUAAAAAGCAACACUGCAGACAAUUGCGCGGCAAAGCGGUACGAUUGACAAUUAGCCAUGUGAGUCGAUCUUUUCCUUUUUAUUUGUAUACCUUAUUUGUGCAGCGCACAGACAUGAGUAGCACUCAACAGCGAACCCUUGGUGGCGGGGUUCAUCAUGUGAUCGACUAUCUGAAGCGCAUGCAAUCAGACAAUCCUGCUUUCUUUUAUGCUGUCCAACCCGACGUUGCUGCCGGAAACAUAUUUUGGGCUGAUCCAACCUGUACAAACAACUACUCUUAUUUUGGAGAUGCCGUUAUAUUUGACACUACCUACAACACUCACCAAUACCGCCUUCCAUUUGCCUCUUUCACCGGCUUUAAUCAUCAUGCCCAACCUGUUUUAUUUGCUUCUGCAUUGAUUCUCAAUCAAUCUCACUCUUCCUACAUAUGGCUAUUCACAACUUGGCUUCACGCCAUGUCCGGACGCCUCCCUCUCUCCAUUACAACUCACUUGGAUCCACUCAUUCAACUUGCUGUUGCCCAAGUUCUUCCCUCAACCCGUCUUCGCUUCUCUACAUCCAGCAUUUUCAGACAAACCAUACCCAAACUGCCUCAUUUAUGUCAAUCACAUCCUACGUUUGAAACCGAGUUCAUCAAAUGUGUUCACGACACCCAGACCAUUGAUGAGUUUGAGUCUUGUUGGCACUCCCUAUUGGAUGGAUACUGUGUCGUGGAUAAUCAAUGGCUUCACUCUAUUUACAAUGCACGACACCAUUGGGUCCCUGUCUACCUGCGCGACACUUUUUUUGGACAGACAUCUUUAAAUGCUGGAAAUGAAUGUUUGAACUUUUUCUUUGACGGACAUGUCAAUGCAUCCACCACAUUACAGUUGUUGGUUAGACAGUAUGAGAAGGCUGUAUCAACUUGGCAUGAAAGAGAACUCAAAGCAGAUUUUGAAACUACCCAUACUAGCCCAGUUUUAAAAACACCCUCUCCUAUGGAAAAGCAAGCUGCAACUCUUUAUACCAGAAAGAUAUUCAUCAAAUUCCAAGACGAGUUAGUAGAGACAAUGGCGAAUCCUGCUACCAAAAUCGAUGAUGCAGGAACGAUCACCACUUACCGGGUUGCCAAAUUUGGGGAAAACCAAACAUCUCACACUGUCACUUUUAAUUCUUCUGAGAUGAAAGCUGGUUGCAGCUGUCAGAUGUUUGAAUAUUCAGGAAUCAUUUGCCGGCACGUAUUAGCAGUCUUUAGAGCUAAAAAUGUUCUCACACUUCCGCCUUAUUAUGUGUUGAAACGCUGGACAAGGAAUGCCAAAACUGGUGUCUUGUUAGAUGAACGUGCAUCUCAACUGCCUUGUAGUUCUCGUGACUCUACGACAGUGCGUUACAACAGUUUGCGUCAAGAAGCAAUCAAGUAUGUGGAAGAAGGUGCUAAAUCAGUCCAAACAUAUCAUGUUGCAAUGAAAGCUUUGCAAGAAGCUGCCAAGAAGGUUUGUAUUCUGAAAAAAGAGAGCACUGGAACAGCAGAGGGACCUACAAUAGCCAACGGAAGCAGGAGCGAGUUGCUUAUAGGAGAUGAAGAUGUUUCAAGCUAUCAAUCUGUGGUGGAGAAGCAAAAGAAAAUCCGAGAGUUGGCUGCCGAGUUAGAGAUCACAAAUCAACGAUGUAAUGUUUAUAGGGCAAACUUGCUGGCAGUGCUAAGGGAUAUGGAAGAACAGAAGUUAAAGCUGUCAGUGAAGGUCCAAAAUGCAAGACUUAGUUUGAAAGAGUGACUGCAUCAAUUACUGAUGGGUUUUAAAUUGUUUAUCUGUCUAGUUUGAUUUAUAACAUUUGCGGUGUCUUAUCUAUAUGGUUAGAGGUUUACUAUGUAUUUAUUGAUAUAAUCUGAUUGAAUAUUUAAGUUUAAGUUUCAUGACAAGUUAUCAAUUAAAGAGAAAUUAUUAUAUUGAA